UAUGUUUGUUGCCCACUACCUGUUUGUCUUUUGGCGUAAUAUAGAAACAUAAAGAGAGAGAGAGAGAGAGAGAGAGAGAGAGAGAGAGAGCAGGAGAGGGGAGGGUUUGGUGUGUUGUGAAUUGAGGAAGAAUCUGAUGGACUGAAAAAAGUGGUGGAGAAAAAUAGAGAGAGACAGAGAGGACUCUCCCCCCACUUUGCAAUCUCCAUCACCUUCUUCAAUUUUCACCAAAAUACCCAAAAAUCUUCACCAAUUUCCCCCCCUAAUCUUCCAUUUUUGCCCAUUUGGAUCAUCUCUCACUGUCAUCUGUUGUGUCCUCUUUUCAAUCACUACAUAUUAUAUGACAGAAUUUCAUCUAAUUUUGCAUCAAAUUCCAACAACCCAGAUCUCUUUCUCACCUUAUUCUCCUCCUUGGUGUUUCUUGUUAAUUGUUUUUAGUCAAUCGAGACCCAUAUAGCUCUGAAUUCCAUCCAAAUUUUCUCUAUAAUUUUCUGGGUUCAUCCAAAAAUACCCAUUUCACUUCUCUAUACUCUAUAAUCGCUCUAUAUAUACGCAUAUUAUCAAAGAAGUUUUCUUGGUUGCUUUCACAAUUGGAGUCAAUUUGAUUAACCCAAAAAAAAGAAGGAACUUUGAUCUUCCUUGGGAUUAUAGAUUGGUGUUUCUGACCUCCACCACUCAUCUGUACUUCAUAUAGUCAUAGACGAGGCCCACUAAUUGGACUGGUGGGCUUCGUAAAAAAAAAGUUGCUUUCUUUUUCUGGGGUUUUCUGAAGAAGAGAAAGACAAAUGAAACUCUUCUUACGAGCCACUGCUUUUUGCCACAAUUAGUUCGUUUACCUUCGUGAUCCCUUUCCUCCUUUUUAUCAUUUAUGCCGAAUUCAAAUCCGACCCAUUUCAGAUUUCCUGUUUUCAAAUGCUUUUCUUCUUGAUAACUUGUGUCUCCUUUAUCUUAUUUUACAAUUCCCUCCCUCUCAAGCCCCUCCCCCAUUGGGCUUGUGAGAUAAGAUUGGUAUCCCUUUGGUUUUGGAAAGACUUAUCAUUCCUUCCCCUUGCCAACUUCUUGAAGACUAUAUUAUCCGGCCAUUCCAUUCAAGUUCCCCCAAAAAUGUCAAUGAAAAAGAGGAGCCCAAGUUCAAAAGUUGACAACUUUGAUGAGGCAACAACAGAAGAGAUUUGUCUUCUGGACUUGCCGGAAUUGGUGUUGGACUCAAUUCUGGAGAGGCUUCCUCCUGAUGGGCUUUGUAGUAUGGCUGGUGUUUGUGGUGGUUUGAGGGAUAGGUGUACAAGUGACCGCCUGUGGGAAAGGCAUAUGAAGAGGAAAUGGGGCCAGGUUAUCGGCCCGGCUGCUCACCGGGAGUGGCAGUGGCAUAUGGUUUCAAGAAAAGAGUCUGGCUUUGAGAGAAGCCAGAGAAGAGGCUUGAUGAGGUCUCUUUCUCGUCUAUGGCCUUUUUCUCUAAUGAGAUCAAACUUUGAUACUACUGCAAAAGAGAUGAAGAGUUCUCUUCCUGUUGAUUCGAUUAUGACCUGGUAUCUUGCUCUUGAGUCUGGAAAAUUCUGGUUUCCUGCGCAGGUCUAUAAUCGCGAGAAUGGGCAUGUUGGGUUUAUGCUGUCAUGCUAUGAUGCAGAGCUGAGCUAUGAUUCCCGGACUGAUACAUUCCAGGCCAGGUACCCACCACAUGGGAGAAGGGCAGCUGCAGUAGAAAAUGGUGUGACUUGGGAUAGGCUAAGGGCACCCCCUAUUGAUACUUCCCCUCAUGAUCUUCAUAUAUCUGACUGUUUGAAUGAAUUGCGCCCCGGCGAUCACAUUGAGAUUCAGUGGAGGAGAAACAAAGAAUUCCCUUAUGGUUGGUGGUAUGGUGUUGUUGGCCACUUGGAAUCAUGUGAUGGAAGUGAUAAUUACUGUCGUUGUCAUGAAAGUGACACAGUGGCGCUGGAGUUCAACCAGUACACUCCAGGUUCACGGUGGAGACAAACUACCGUCCACCGAAAAGACCACCGCGAAGAAGGAAACGAGGCAGAUGGGUUUUACGGGGGAAUCCGAAAACUUCACACCAACGACGAGAUUUCCAUGUGGAGGCAGCUUUGGCCAGCAGAAAUCUUGGAGUAGGCCAAAAGGCUUUCAACCGCUGGUUGAAAUAAUGGACUUAGAAGAUGGAUUCCAUUCCUAUUUUUCAUUUCAGAGCAGUGGUUGAUGCAAGAUGAGAAAGUUGAUUCAUUUCCAGCUCAGUUGCUUCAAAUUGAAGAACUUGCUGCUUUUCGUUUCCCCUUUGUUAGGUUACAACUAUUGUUUCGCGGUUAGUGGUGGGAAAACUGACGCGGGUGUUCUCACACAACAAUGCAAUGUUACCACUCAAAUGUUUAUAUUUUGUACCAUAUAAAUUACCUCUUUGUAAACAUUUUUUUUCCUGGUAUUGAAUUCUAUUUGGUUGGUUGUAGAAAGCAAAAUAAGUAGAAGUUGUGGAAUUUAAUGGUAUAUAAUGUAUUAUGAUGUAACAACCCAGAAUGGUUAGAUUCCAAAUAUCUUUUCCUCUGUUCUUGUAUGCUGUUUUGGAUAAGGAAGAUUAUGGGGAAUGAAAAUCAAGUUUAUAAA